AUGAAUCUUUCAAAACAACUGGAACCAUUCAUACUCUUUUGGUUUGAGAUCUGGGUGUUCAGCAUAUCUGCUUGAGUUGGAAGUCUUCUUCUUUGAGUAUUAUGAUGAUUUAUUCAUUGGUCAAAGUUUUGAAAAGAAAGAUAAAGGAGCAAAUUUGAAGAUGGAAUUCAAAUUUUUGACCAAAUGGAAUUGGAAUUUGAAAUCAAACCAUAUAAAAUUAAUAGGAGGUUACCCCACAUGACCCACAUUUAGCUCUGAAGUUUUAAGAUCACUUUCGUUUAGAUAUAAUCUUGGUUCAUUCAUGUAUCUUUCCUUUACUCGAGCAUUACACGAAAUCUCCUACUACAUCUAUAAGGUCAACACCUUAGGCUAAACGUACACGUGAAGACUCAUUCGACGUUAUAACCUUUUCCUUUAAACACUCUUUACAUACUUGUUUAUCAUUUGUGGGUCUGCUGCAUACUACGUUUUCGUCUCUGUUCAAGCAUGAAAUGGCAUCAUCUUCUUAGAGUGACCAGUAACGAACGAGGGUUCAAAAUCAAAGGAAACCGCGUCAAAGAAAACUUGGAUGUUUUUGUUUUUUUUAAGAGAAAGUCCGAUGCGUUUUGAAUAUGAUUCAGGGUUGAAGAUCAAAGGCCCACAUGAUGUGUCGACGUAACCAAAGGGUUCAUAUCUGACUUCACCACACGACGUCACUGCCUAUGGAAGCUCUUUCCGCGUUGUCCCUUCCACAUUGGCUAUGCUUACAGAACCCACAUCAAAUUACUGCACCCGAUGGCUUUUGAAAUGGUCAGCCAUUCCCUCUUUUUCCCAACUUUUUGCCCUUUAUUUAGUAUUUAUUUCUUUCACAGCCCUUCUUACACGUCUUGGCUCUCUCUCUUCAGUGUUUGACAUCUUUAUAUCCCCCUUCGCUUCCAACCCAACUUCCAUACCUCUUCAAUUCUCUCAAAGUUGGGAGCUUUUCCCUCUUUCCUCUUUUGGGUUCACAGUCAUUGGGAUUUGGGAGUGACCCAUUUGAGUGGAACAGUUUUCUUCUUUCUGGGUUUCGCCAAAUUUUGAAUCUUUGAAUGACCAUAUUCUUCUUAAAUUCUAUCAACUACUGUGUGUGCCGCCGCCGCCGCCAUUUCUUCUUUGGGAAUUUGUAAUAAUGGAAAUGGAACACAAGAGUUUGAUCACCGAGUUGACUCAGGGGAAGGAGCUGGCCCUUCAACUCAGAACCUAUCUCCACCCUUCUUCUUCCUCUUCCCCAGCAGAACCAUGCUUCUUCUUGACUGAAAGGAUUCAGUCUUCUUUCGAGAAAGCACUCUUGCUUCUGAAAUUCAACUCUUCUAGUUCAAUAAUGCCAGAUCCGACAACCCAUAAAAUUGCUUCGGUGGAAGAAGAAGAAGAAGAAGGAGAACCCCGCAAGAACAAGAGGAAGAACAGUAGCGAUGUGAAGAGGAGAAAAUUACUGCCUAAAUGGACAGAGGAAAUUAAGAUUUGCAGAGGAACUGCCCCUGAAGGUCCUCUCAACGAUGGUUAUAGUUGGAGAAAGUAUGGCCAAAAAGAUAUCCAUGGAGCUAAUUUCCCAAGAUGUUACUACAGAUGUAGUCAUAGACAUGAACGAGGAUGUUUGGCGACAAAACAAGUUCAAAGAUCCGACAAUGAUCCAAACAUUUUCGACGUAACCUACAGAGGACGACACACUUGUAACCAAUCCACUAAUAAUUUGGGGUUGGUUUCUGGUUCACUUCAAAAUGAAAUCUCUGGAGAUCAAGAAACCGGUCAGAAUCAGCAGCGGAACCCGAAUUCCGAAAUUUGGUUCAAUUUCGGUGUUAAAUCGGAGGAUUUUGACGAUGUUUUUCCGCCCAUUUCUUUUCUCUCCUCCCCCACGAUGGACCUUCCUCUUUUAGCCGACGGCGGCUUGUCUGCAGCGCCAGUUUCGUCAGCCACGUCGGAGGAGACGGCCUGGGACUGGAGCGGCUACCACGGCGGAGGGAUUCUGAUGGUUCCAUCGUCGGAGCAAUCGGACAUGAUUUCGGCGACUACUUCAGUGACCAAUUCGCCGAUUUGUAAUGAGGAUUGGGAUUUCGAUUUUGACCAGAAUUUCCCCUUUGACUCUCUAGAUUUCAUCUCUUCAUAAAGUUUUUUUUUUUACUUUUUACUAAUUUUUCUUCAUUUUCAGAAUUAUUAUUAUUAUUUUCUCCGUGUAACAAUAACUUUUGGGUUAAUUUGUGUAUUUUAAAUUUUGUUUUGUUCUUUAUGUUUGUAAUGUUUUAGUGGUGAAUUUUUUUUAGAAAUGUUAUGUAAUGAUUUCAUUAAGUUAAUGAAUAUGGGCCUUUGGAGAA